AUGUCCGAAGGUGCGAUCAUGUACCCGAUGCCCUCCGGGGAUCCCUCGGUAGCCACGAUGGUCCUAUCGUCGGCUUGGACCAUGUUCUCGAUAUCGACCAUCUUCUUGUGGCUCCGCAUCUAUUGCCGGUCAGCGCGGACGAAGAAGAUGUGGUGGGAUGACUAUCUGCUGCUGGUUGGCUGGACGUUGCUGCUGUUGGCAGACAUAUUGCAGACGGUCAUCUAUCAGAAAGGCUAUCUUGUGACCACGUUGACGGGUCCGAUCAUCAUGCCGGCAAACCUUGCUUCCGAUACGGCCAUGAAGCUGGCGCUAGCUUUCAGCAAAACAUCUUUCGCCCUUACCUUAUUGCGAUUCACGACCGGCUGGGCGAGGUACGUUGUUAUCACGGCUGCGUUCAUCAUGAAUGCCAUGUGCAUCGCCCACUCGGUUCUGGUUUGGACAGCGAAUUGCGGUGCCCCAGAUCCCCAUACCUUUCAACCCUGUUGGUCUGCUGAUAGCGGUCUCUGGAUGAACAUGGUUGGUUCGAUCGUUUCGGCAAUUACCGAUUUCAUCCUCGCUAUGAUCCCGAUCAAGGUGGUUUGGGGCCUGCAGAUGAUCAAGCGGGAAAAGGCAGGCGUAGCAAUAGCCAUGGGCAUCGGUUGUUUAGCUGGCAGCGUGGCCAUUGUAAAGGCAGUCGAAGCGCAUUCGGCGGCAAAGGCCGUCGGAACGGAGUUCUCGCGUCGACUUGCAGUUCUCAGUAUUUGGAUUCACGCCGAACCAAAUGCUACCAUCGUGGCCGCAUCCAUCCCCGUACUUCGCGUCCUUCUCCGGGAUGCCAGGGCAUACUACGCAGCCAAGUACCGCUCAGGCAGCAAAUACAUCAAAUCCGACGGCGACUUUCAGAGUGGGACUACAUCGGGUGCUGCUGUGAGAGCAUCGGGGCACAUCAGUGACGACGGAAGUGAGGCGAUUUUCAUUCAAGGUGACAAGCGAACGCCGAAUGUGGGGAUCGCUUUGGGAGGCGAACAGGCGAUUGAGAUGGAUCACCGGUUCAGUAGUCACCCUUGA